GACGACUUCCAGUUUCUUCUACAAACAUACUGCCUAGCUUCUUGUUUUAUUCUCUUCCAGAGGAAUAACCUAACACUCGUAUUGAACCUGCCUGCUGUCUUUAUUUCCAGGCCGCUCCCGGAUAGUAAUUCCACGUCGCCCCUAACAUAUCAACGGGCAAAACGCCAUAACCUCAAGACCACCACCGAAUCAAUACCCAAUUCUCCAGAGAUCCUCAUACUCAAGGAUCCUACGUCUCAAUUCAAACCAACAAUGGCCUCUCAACCCGCCGUCUCAGCACUAAGUGCCUACCGACAAGUCCUCCGCGCCACCCGGAUCGCAUUCCAUAAUGACACCAGAGUCCUUCUCGCCGCACGCCAAGAAGCGCGCCAGAACUUUGAAAAGCACCGCCGCUUCGGCAUAGACACGCCCAUGCAGAUCAACCACGCCGUUGAGGUUGCGAAUAUUCUGCGCCACAAUAUCGUGCAGGGUGCGCGGGAUGCGGCGGCAGAUGAGAAUGCGAAGUGGGAACUCCGCAUACACGAUGACAUUGAGCGUGGCGAUAACGACUCGAUCAAGGUUGGAGGGAAGAGCGUUAAGGUCGAUAAGCCGUGCUCAUCAUAGUUGGUCUGGGGUGGUAUGAGGGCCUAUUGCCUAUAGUGCGAUGUGCGAUGCGAUGUAUAAUAUUGGUUGAUUGCAUGUGGGCAGUUGUAUUAUAGUAUACCCACUUUUUCUCUCUCCUUUGGCGUCUUGGGACAUUUAUAGCGAUAGAAUGGACAGGAUUCGAGAAUUUAAGAUUGUACAAGCUAC